AUGCGCAGCGACGCGAGAUGCGACGACGACGUGGCCGACGUGGCGCCGAGUCUCCGAGAGAAAGAAAGGCUAAGAGAGAAAAAGAGGAGAGAUAAGGGGGGGCAAAAAGAGAAAGGAGGGGCAGAGAGAGAGAGGGGGGCAGAGCGGAGGGUGGGCAUAGAGAGAGAGAGUGAAGAAAAAGGGGUGGCAGAGAGAAGGGGAGAGACAGGGGGAGCAGAAAGAGAGAGGGAGGAGACGGAGAAAAAAAGAGUGAGGGACAGAGGGGGGCAGAGAGAAAGGGGGGAGGAGGAGAGGGGUUGCAUAGAUGGGAGAUGUGGCAGAGAGAAAGGGGGGGCAGAGACAGAGAGAAGAGAGAGAGAAGGAGAGGAGCAGAGAGAACAAGAGUGGGACAGGGGGGCAAAAAAAGAGAGGGAAAGGUGGGGGCAGAGAGAUAGAGAGAGGGACAGAGAGAGACAGGAGGAGUGGGGGGACAGAGAGAGGCAGAGGGGACAAGACAGAGGGAGGAUGGGGAAGAGAGAUAAGAGCGUGGGGACAAGACACAGAGAGCAGGGACAAGAGAGAGAGAGAGCGAGAGAGCAGGGACAAGAGAGUAAGAUAGAGAAGGGGGCCAAAACAGAGAUAGAAGGGGGACGAGAGAGAAAUCUUUCUGGUGCUCUGGAGGAAAGGAGAGUUCCAAGUGCUCUGGAGUCAGUGGCUGCUGAUUGA